GAUUUUUCAAUUGACGCAGUCUGCUUUCUGAACGUUUUACAAAUUACAAAAAUAUUUUUAAAAAUGUUUUGUGUAUUAUUUACAAAUUAAAACAUUCAAUCGCGCCACUCGAAUAGUGGAUAAUUUGGUAGAAUAAUUCAUGCAAUCACAAGUUUGUACAAGUAGUUUUGAUUACUUAUUGUCCGGUCUUAUCUUAGAUGAAUUCCUUCAUAAGUUAUUUUAAGAAUUUGGCACAAACUAAACGUAAUUUCUAAGCGUGGAAUAGACAUACAAAGAUAAGUCAGUUGUUGAUUUCUAUGAUGCGUACAUAGGAGACACCUAAACCUGCGUGAAUUGCGAGCACUUUCUCGAAGAUCGUGCUGAUUCUCACUGCGCAUGCGACAUUAAGAGUGAGUUACACCAGAACGUAUAACCUAUGGCUUUCCCGCUCUACGUGUAUAAUAUCGACGAAAACAGACGAGAAGCGAAAUUCAUAAAGAAAGUGGAUUUGAGAAAUACAAAGUGGUCUCUACUAUUUCUUAUCUGUUCGAUAGUUAGUGUAAACGCUUUCGGUAUGUUUCAAUUCGGCCGUUUUCACGGUAAAGGAAAUUUAGAAUUAGUUCAACAUCUUAGAAAAUCUGGAGUAAUCAAAUCAGAAAGAGUGUUUGACGCAAUGAGUAAAGUGGACAGAGGAAAAUACACAGAACCUUGUGAUGCAUAUAUCGAUUCACCUCAAAGCAUCGGAUUUGGUGCAACAAUUAGUGCACCACAUAUGCAUGGCUAUGCACUGGAAUUUCUCGCAGAUAAAUUAAAAGAUGGCAGUAGAGCAUUAGAUGUUGGAUCUGGUUCUGGCUAUUUAACUGCAUGUAUGGCACUGAUGGUUGGUCCUAAAGGUGUUGCCGUGGGUAUUGAGCAUGUGCCGAAACUUCAAGAACGAGCUAGAAGAAAUAUUCAAAGUGAUCAUCCUGAAUUAUUGGAAAGCAAACAACUUGAAUUGAUAGUUGGUGAUGGUAGACUGGGUUACCCAAAUAAAGCACCAUACGAUGCUAUUCACAUUGGAGCAGCAGCUCCGGAAGCACCAGAAAUACUUAUUAAUCAGCUAGCUCCUGGUGGCCGUAUGAUCGUACCAAUUGGAAAGACGAACGCUGACCAAACCUUGUUUCAAAUAGAUAAAACUAUGGAUGGCAAAAUUCAGAAGACAUCAUUAAUGGGAGUUGUCUAUGUCCCGUUAUGUGAUAAGAGUCGACAAGGUUAUUUUAUCAGAGUGCUAAAUUUUCAGAUUAUUACAAAAAUAUAUAAAAACAAUAUUUUGUGUUCAAUUCCUAAUUAGUUAAAAUAUGUAAUUAUAAAUAAGAGGACGAACAGAGAAAAUAUAAUAUAAUUUUAGAUAAAUCUUUACAUGGACACAUAAUAAACUUGAGUCUCAAGGCAAAGUUGGCAUUGGGGCUAAAACAAAGUUGGUAACGACGUAGUAUCAAGUUAAAUAAAUAAAUCAGUCUAACAGUAAAGGUAAAUUAGGUUAAUGGUUUUUUUUUACAAGUUCAGAAAUGCAAACAGAUUUGUUUACACGAUUGAAGGUAAACUUAAAACUAUUAUAAUGCUCUAAUUUUAUUUUACAAAAUUUUGUUUUAGUUUGAUUUUUAUCAAUGUAAGAACGUCGUGCUAUACUGCUAAGUUUGCUAAAUCAUCCUUUUGAAGGCAAAUGUCAAUCAGAUUUUUGAUUUCUAAAAACUUAAGAAUUCUAAAUACAAAACAAUGAAGAAAGGAGUCGCUAUGAUCCUAUUAAUGUAAAAAAGUAAAAGUUUUGAAAACUUUCGAUUUCUAAUUUCUAGAAAUAGAUUAUUAAAGCUAUCCGUCUAUGUAUUUAGAAAUUUAUAUUUCGGAAUUUAUAAAUUUAUAAUUUAUAGAUAUAUCUGUUACAUAUUUUGUACAGUGUUUACCCGUCACUGGCCAAUUUUAUCAAAAUAGACCAGUGACUGUACAGUACUGGCCAAUAUCUGGUCAAUACUGCUUAUUUUUCUACCAGGAAUGUACAUACUUAUUUACAUUUAUUUGUAAAAUUUUGUUCUGUUCUUUUUGCAUGCGAAAAUUUUGUUAUUGAGUACUAGAUAAUUUUAUUUGGAAUUACAUUUUUUUUAAUAAAUAUAUUCAAUGAAAAUUUAGGCAUUCAAAUAAAAUAUUCCCAUUUAGAAGUAUGCCUAGAGUUGGAUUUUUUUGUGAUUAUUUGACGAACAAUACAAAAUUGUUAUUCGAAAAUUAUCUAAAUGUCUUUGAAAUAUCUGACAUUUAUCAGCACAUAAUUUUGUUUAUAAGACUGUACAGCAGUAUGUUAUAUAAUAAACUAUAUUCAAUUUUUGAAAAAGAAUAUUCCAAACUUUGAUACUGCACUAUAAGUAUUUACUCUGUUAUUCUGGGCAUUUAUGUCAACAUGUAACAAAUUUUCUUAACAGUAACAUCAACGUUAAAAAAAUUACCUUUAUAGCACAGUGUGGCUAAAAUUCGCUGUUAAGUCACGAAUAGGCGAGACUUGCGGAUUUUAGUAGUCUGUGCUAUAAAAUUUUAUACGAUACUCUUGACUUAAAUGGUUCUUUUUUACACGGCGCAGUUAGCACCCGAGCGUUGCGAGAACCAUUUAAGUCACACAUAUCGUAAUGUACUAUUAAGGAAUGGCUGUUGAAUUUAUUUGAAUAACGCGUUAAGUUGAAUAAAUAUUUUGUCAAGAAUUAAAGUUGUAUAUGGAAA